UGAGCCGCCGCUGGUCCGGGAGCCGGAUUUGGAGCGCGGCGCCGGCGGGGGCCGGAGGGGGCGGCGCGGCGGACCUCGGUGGCCUCGGACGCUCCUCCUCGUGAGCGGCCGCCGCCCGCCUCCGCCUGCGCUAGCAGCUCCCUCGCCCCGGCCGGCACCCGCUGCCGCUCCAGGCAGCUCACCUGGGACGCGCUCACCUGGGACGCGGUGCUCGCCGCCCGCACUUGGGCCAGGAUGAAGGACCGGCUGGAGCAGCUGAAGGCCAAGCAGCUGACACAGGAAGAUGACACUGACGAGGUUGAGAUUGCUAUCGACAAUACAGCCUUCAUGGAUGAGUUCUUCUCUGAGAUUGAGGAAACUCGGCUCAACAUUGACAAGAUCUCAGAGAGUGUGGAGGAAGCGAAGAAGCUCUACAGUGUCAUUCUCUCUGCACCGAUUCCAGAGCCAAAAACCAAAGACGACCUUGAACAGCUCACGGCUGAGAUCAAGAAAAGGGCCAACAAUGUCCGGAACAAGCUGAAGAGCAUGGAGAAGCAUAUUGAAGAAGAUGAGGUCCGGUCAUCAGCAGAUCUUAGGAUCCGAAAGUCCCAGCAUUCCGUCCUCUCCCGGAAGUUUGUGGAGGUGAUGACUAAGUACAACGAGGCUCAGGUGGACUUCCGUGAACGCAGCAAAGGGCGCAUCCAGCGGCAGCUUGAAAUUACUGGCAAGAAGACAACAGAUGAGGAGCUGGAAGAGAUGUUGGAGAGUGGUAACCCUACCAUCUUCACUUCUGGGAUCAUCGACUCGCAGAUUUCUAAGCAAGCCCUCAGUGAGAUUGAGGGCCGGCACAAGGAUAUCGUGAGGCUGGAGAGCAGCAUCAAAGAGCUCCAUGACAUGUUUAUGGACAUCGCCAUGCUGGUGGAGAAUCAGGGAGCCAUGAUUGACCGUAUUGAGAACAACAUGGACCAGUCAGUGGGCUUUGUGGAGCGGGCUGUGGCAGAUACCAAAAAGGCUGUCAAGUAUCAGAGCGAAGCCCGGAGGAAGAAGAUCAUGAUCAUGAUCUGCUGUAUUAUCCUUGCCAUCAUCUUGGCUUCUACCAUUGGGGGCAUAUUUGCCUGAAAAAGGUGAGCUGUCUGGGAGGGCCAGGCCGGCUGUCUCUUACUUGACUACUUGUAUUCUGCUUGAUUUCAUUUUAUGUAAACCAGACUGCCUAAUAAGGGUGGGGGCUGGACGCAGACUAGGUCACUGUUAGAGAAAACCAAGGAAAGGGAUGUUUUGGAGAGGAGUAGGUGAAGAAUAAUUGGUAGUAUGUAGUCAGUGAGGGAGAUGGGGAGACAAGACAAGAGAGAAUCUGCCCCAUGACUGAGUCUGGUAGGAUAGUGCUUCUGAACAGUAAGGGAUAUUCAUUCCUCUUGUAAAAUCUGAGCCUCUGGAUCUGGAAAUGGUAAAAGGAGUAAGAAUUAGCUUUUGCAUGGUACUUGCCUUAAACCCCCCCCCCCCCCCACAGAUAGGACAAGCCAGUACAGUUUUGAGAGUACUUUCUCACGCCUUCAAAGGAGAGGUGGUACGCUGGCCAUGCAGACCAUGCUGUGUAAUACGUGAUUUUUCUUCCCAUUUUCUGUCACUUCCUUCUGCCCUCACAGAUGGAAUCUCCACAGGCAUCUCCAGUCUCCACCUCUCUGGUGCCAUCACGUCUCCCCUUCAGAGUCCCUCAACAGCUAUGCCUCUUUUCAUUAGGAAACUUACAACACAGGGCACCAAUCAACUGCUUAUUAAAUGUCACACAGGGGGAACCAAUUAAUGAAAAUGCCGAAUUGAAGGGGACCUGGAUGAACAGGGAGCACAGCAGUAUGCAGCUGGUUUAGAUGGUCCUUAAAGGGCAGGCCUGCGUGGUAGAGAAGCAUAAUGGGUCCCUGUUAGGGUCCAACACAGAGAGCCUGAAUGCCAGGACAGUAGUGAAGAGGCAGGUAUUAUAACAUGCCCAACUCACAGGGUCUUAAAUUGAACUCUGUGAGUCUGUCUCAGAUCAUGGUCCUCACUACUUCUGCUCUUAAGGCUCUUUUGGCCUCACCCUUAGCCAACCAAAUGUCUGCUUCCUUCUUCAGGGUCCAAGGAUAAUUGUAAAGCAUAGACUGUUUAGGGAUCGGCACCAUGCCUAUCUUAAACAUUGCCAUGUCCCUGCUGCUUAGCAGUGCCUGCCACUGUCACAUAAUUUGCUUCCUUGCAGUCAAGCUUUGAUUCCAUUCAUGGAUGAGUCCUUAGGCUAGGUUUUUAAACUCUAAGAUGUGAUUGGGAACAUUGUUUAGUACUGUCAGUGGCUUAUGAAAAAAUACUACAACCUCCUCAUUACCAUAUCAUACACGUUAAAGUGGUUUUUUUUUGGGGGGGGGAUGGUAGUAGAAGUUGGGUUUCUGUUGGUGGUAUAGAUUCCUAUCAAUAGCCUCUCACUUUGCAGAGAUGAUGGUUGGUUUCAGGAUGGAGGUUCAUUAACUAAAUUUAUUCCUCCGACAAGGAAGAAGUUUAUACUAUGAUUCAGCUCCCAAUAGUUAAUCAAACUGGCACACUUUGUGAUCUGUAACAAUGGGAGAUGUAAGGGGAAAAAGUGUGGUCAGGCUAUGGCUCCCGACCACACCAGAUCUGAGUUAGCAGUGAUAAGGUGCAACAAGAAAUUGGUUCAAGCACGUCCCCAGUCCAAGGUUUCAUUGUGUUUUGAUUUCAAAACUAAUUUACUUAGAGAUUAUUACAUUGAAGACACUCAUUAAGAUAAAUUAAAAAUCUGGGACUAAAUAUCCUUUUGAAAGUGAAAAAUACUUGUUUUUUUUUUUUUUUUGUGUGUGUGUGAGAGAUCUUAUUUUUUAAGAAACAGGAUGAAGAAACAAUGUUUUAUCAGUGUGCUGUUUUCUACUCACUUUCAAAAGCAAAUGGUUUAAUACUGCUAUCAAAUGUGUUUUAGGUUGAAUAGGGGAUACUGGCUAGCUCAGAAAAACAGAUUAAUCUUGUUAUGUACAAAUGGAGCUGGAACCAUGAAGUUUUGGAUCACACGGGACCCUCAUUUAUCCAGCGGUAACUUGUGUGCUCCAUAUACAUUAGAUCCUGAAGGGUCAGAGAGCUAAAAUGCCCUUCCUUAGAUAGUUUCAGAUCUAGGAAGCACCAAAGGUUUCAACUUUUGCCAUCAGUUCUUUGGCUAAAUGGUAUACUCCUUGUCAUAUUCCAUGUUUCCCCUUCUGAGACUGACAGAAGAUGGGCAGCUGGAUAUUAAUAAAUAUCUGUUGAACCUACUAAUCUAAGUACUGUCCUUUUUAU